AUGUCUUAUUCAUAUUUCACCAAACGAAGUGCUAUCACCGAUAAUUUCUUGCCAGCUUAUGACUAUAUAGUCAUUGGCGGUGGCUCUGCUGGUUGCGUUAUCGCCAAUCGCUUGAGUGAAGAUCUUAAAACUACUGUUUUAUUAUUGGAAGCCGGUCCUAGCCAUGAGAAGAAAAGUGCUUUAAAAGUUCCUGCAAAAACAAUUGAUUUGCAUAAUGACCCCAAUUUCGAUUGGAGCUAUAAGGUGCUUGGAGGAUGUAGCUCUAUUAAUUUUAUGGUCUAUAUACGUGGGUGCAAGGGAGAUUAUGAUACUUGGCAAGAGAUGGGUGCGCAAGGCUGGAAUUUCGAAAGUGUACUGCCAUACUUCAUUAAAUCCGAAAAUAACAUCAGGCCAGAAUUUCGAAAAGAUCCUGCCCACGGGGUAGGAGGUCCAGUAACUGUGACUGACCCAUCAUUUACUACUCCAGUAACUGAUGCUUUUGUUAAAGCAGGCGUGAAGUUGGGAAAUAAAGAAUGUGAUAUUAACAGUGGAGUCAAGAAUGGAUUUGAUUUAGGCCAAUUAGUAAUUAAAAAUGGACAGCGACAAAGCACAGCUGCAUCUUACUUGACAUCUAAGGUUCUGAGGCGUAGAAAUUUGGCUAUUGGCGUUAAUUGUCUCGUCAGAAAGGUUGUGUUUAAGGAGAACAAAGCCGUAGGCGUUGAAUUUUCAAAAAACGACAAAAUUAUAACAAUAUCAUGCAAUAGCGAGGUAAUAGUAUGUGGAGGUGUUAUUGGCUCACCACAAAUCCUUCUACUAUCAGGAGUAGGACCUAAGGAGGAUUUAGAAAAACUAGAGAUUCCGGUGGUUGCUAAUUUACCGGUUGGAAGGAAUAUGCAGGAUCACAACGCAAUCUCCAUUAGUUCUUUAACCAAAGACUUGCAAAACUCUACUUUAAAUUUAAAGUCUGCUACUAAACUGUCAUCUAUUCUGAAAUACCUUUUUAAAGGCAAGGGUGUAAUAGCUUCAAGCGGAUACCUUGCUAGCGGAUUUGUUAAUGCUGUUGAUGACAGUGAUGCACUACCAUGGCCCGAUACUCAGAUCCAUUUGUUUGGCUAUGGUGUACUGAGCGAUAAAUUUUACUACGAAAACUUAGGCUAUAAUAAAGAAAAGCAUUUCCCGUUAUUCAUAGGCAAUUCUAUGGCUCAAGAUCAAGAAGGAUUCACUCUAGUACCCGUACUGCUACAUCCUAAAAGUAGAGGAACGGUAAAACUGAGAAGUACUGAUCCAGCAGAGUAUCCUGAUAUUGAUCCUAAAUAUUAUGAUGACCCUGAUGACUUAACAGCCAUGGCUAAGAUAGUGCAAUAUGCCAUUAAGCUGUUGGAGACAGAGCCACUUUGUUCGUAUAUUAAAGAAGUUUUGCGUUAUAAAAUUGAUUCAUCACAUGAGUAUAACAGCAUUGAAUACUGGAAAGAUGUUAUAAGAGUAUAUGGCAUGGACUGCUUUCACCCGGUUGGUACGUGUAAGAUGGGUGCUGUUGACGAUCCUACAACUGUGGUUGAUUCAGAUCUAAGAAUCCACGGUUUAGAUGGGAUCCGUGUAGCAGACGCAUCCAUUAUGCCCUGCAUUGUUUCCGGCAAUACUAACGCGGCUUGUAUGAUGAUUGGAAGUAAAGCAUUUUUCUUGUGGAGAUAA